GAGCCCCGCGGUGGCCCGGGACUCAGAAGCUGCCGCUUCUUUCGCUGCACGAGCGCCACCGAGAGAGACAAAGAGACCUCGGCGCCAGCCCUGCCCGGGGGGCUCCCCUCGCAGGCUUCCGGGGCAAUGGCUCGGUCUCCGCGCGACCCCCCUCUCGGGAGCGCAGCUGUCUCCGUCUGACCGCCUCCAUCCCCUUCCCGUUCCGGGCUCUCCUUCACUCCCAGCCCUGGCUCGGCUCUAGUCUCUCUGUCUGUCUGUCUGUCCCAGCGCGCAACCUCCGGCCACCGGCUUGGAUGGACGAGCGGAGGCUGCCCGUGUGUCCAGGGGUCUUGCUUUCGAAGUUGGUCAUGUUCUUUGUCUACGCAGACGAUUGCCUUGCUCAGUGUGGCAAAGACUGCAGAUCUUACUGCUGUGAUGGGACCACGCCCUACUGUUGCUCCUACUACGCCUAUAUUGGGAACAUCCUCUCGGGCACGGCAAUUGCCGGCAUCGUGUUUGGAAUCGUGUUUAUCAUGGGUGUCAUUGCUGGGAUCGCCAUAUGCAUCUGCAUGUGCAUGAAAAACAGCCGUGGGACCAGGGUGGGAGUCAUCAGGGCCGCUCACAUCAAUGCCAUCUCCUCCUAUCCUGUUGCACCGCCCCCCUAUAGUUAUGACCAUGAGAUGGAAUGCCGUGCAGAAUUGCCUCCACCCUACUCCCCGACACCACAGCCUUCAGCACAGCGUUCUCCACCCCCUCCUUAUCCUGGAAAUUCCAGGAAACAAUCGUCCCAGAACAGAAUAUGUGCCAACCUGAGAUCUUUCCCAGAGUAAAAUGCCUACUCAGAAACAGACAGGAUUGCUCUAAGAAAUACUGUUUUGGGUCAAACAAUAUAUCAAGUGGAAUGUUCAGGCUGAGAAAUAUGGGUAUUUUGCCCUUCUCCGAGCUGACCCCAUCUGGAGUUAUUAUGUUUGGUCUGAUGCGACCACAUUUGAAAAGAUCUGCUGAAUCUACGUAAGCACAUUUAUAGAAGAGGAAUGAGAUAGACAAAACAUCUGAAAAGCAUGUUGCUUAAGGAAACUGCACUACUGAGCUUGGAAAAGAGAAGAUUAAUGUAAGACAGGAAAAUAGCCUGGACUACAUAAAGAAACCACUAUAUUCUAUAUUCCAUGCAGCUUUAAAAGUCAGAACUAGAAUUGUUCAUUCCCUCGUUCAUCAAUAAAUGCAGAUCAAGCACGUAAGAACCUACUCUGUGCCUUAUACUGUUUGAAGCACUGGAUGGAAGUGACAGGAAUUUUGGUUUCAGUUAAGAACAGAGAACUUCGAUUUCAGUAUAAGAAAGGGCAUUCAGAGCUUUUGUGAAGCACCCUGUUACCAAGACUUCAAAGAGAACCUGGCUGACCAUCUGGUAGAAACAUGCCCUAGAAGGGACAGCGGAAUCAAAUGGCAGGAAGGUCCACGGGGCCCUCAAAAGUUCUGCUCAUAUUUUAGGUAGGUAGGGGGUAAAUUUCUAUGCCCCCAAGAAUGAAUACAACUGGAACAGUUGAAUCUUAUCUAUUUGAGAGUUAAACAGGAUCAAAGGAAUUCAACAGCUGCUUGAAGCCAAGAGCUUUUCAAUGCUAGCUUCUGCCACCCAGAAAUCAUCUGACUUUAAUUAGACUAUUAUGACAAAGGUUAUUCCUUAUUCCAACUGGGGGAAAAACUUGUGUCAAGUUCCAUAAGCAACAGAUGCUUCACUCCAGAUUCAAAGAUUAGAAGCCAAAUAUUCCCACGGGGUUUUAUUUCAGGAAGUAAAUAUCUCAGGACUUGACCAUGAAGAUACAUAAGUUUAUAAAAGAGGAAAAAAUGAAGAUUGGAUUCUGUUCUGUGUAAUUCCAUUUGUAGGUAGCUCGGACAAAUUUCUGUUUCUCUUUUGUGAUAUUUUGAUAAUCUAUUCCCUUGAAAGAAUUGUAAUUAAUGGAAAGUUUAAGCUAUCAAAUUGUAGCCUUUUGCCAAAACCCAAAUGUUAUGAAGUGCCUAUCUUUAGGUGUAAAAGUUGUUAGUAAAUAAUUCUAAUGUGCCAUAUUUUGCUGCAAGUAACCUUACAUUUAUAUUUUUAUGUUGGUCCCUUCCAUGUAUUUAAAAUUGACAUUGAGGAAAUUUUAGAAAUAGUUGAUUAAAUGUUUGUAUCACUUGCAAUUAAGUCUAAAAUUUUUAAUCUAAUAUCAUUAUCAUGAUUCAGUGUAAUCCCAAAACAAUGCUAAGAAUUUUUCUGAAUAAAACAAUUAAAAGAAAUACUUUAAUGUAUAUAGUGCCUGUAUUUGUAGCUAGGAAAUUUAGGAGCUAAUAUAACAAGCAUAUUCUACUUUCAAAUACAUGAAUCUGACAACAUGGUUUCACUGCCAGUGAGAUCUAAAAGCUAGAUUUGUUUUGAAUGACUUGCUUGAUUUUCAGGCACUGAUUUUUUUUUUAUGAAGAUGCAAUGCAUUCAAGAGUUCCAGACUACUGUAAUGACUGAGAUUUUAGCACAAUUUUAACAGUACAUAUGCUUUCAUGUAUCUCUCUUCUGAAAGUGUGAUCAGACCCAAUUACACCAUAGCUAUGCAGCUCAAAGUGCCAGGGUCUCUGUGACUUGCAGAAUGUUGGUUGCAAAUGCACCAUAUAUUUCUUAAGAAAAACAGAGAAGAAAAGAUGAGCGGAAGUUGAAUUCUCAUCAUCUUCACUGUCAAUAAACAUUUAUUGCAUACUUCCUAUGUUCUGCAAACAUUACCCACAUAGCCAUUUCAGUGCACAUCAUCUCUCUUCUUUGAGGUGUUUUAUGGCCUCCCAUCAGGUAUAUCAUGGACCCAUAGAUCUACAAUAGAUGAGUAUUUUUAUUAUUUGUAUUUAGUGUUACCAUAGCAUAAAUGUGCACAUUAUCAGUAUAGACUUUUGGAGUUCACUGAUUAUUUUCAUACAUGACACAUUUUGGGGGGAAACAGUAUAUCAUGUGAAAGCUUUGAAUUACGGUUAUUUAAAAAUGAAUGUAUUUGCUAAGGCCAAAAUGUUUACAAUAAGCAAAUAAAAUGGAACAAUCCAUUAUAAUAUGGGUUAUAUUUUAA